AUGGUAACACAAAAUCCAAACCAAGCAGAUGAGCUGAUUUAUACAGGAUUUAAUCAAGAUUAUUCAUGUUUUACCUUAGGAACAGACUCAGGCUUCCGUAUUUUUAACACUUAUCCACUCAAAUAUUGUUUUCGGCGAGAUUUCCCAGGAGGAUUUGGAAUUGUCGAAUUAUUAUAUCGCUCCAAUAUCGUAGCACUUGUAGGCGGUGGCAAAUCACCUCGCUACCCUCCAAAUAAAGUCAUAAUAUGAGACGACCACCAAAUGAGGCCCACAGGAGAGCUCUGCUUCCGAACUGAAGUAAAAGGAGUCAAACUAAGAAGAGAUCGUGCUGUAGUUUUACUAGAAAAUAAAAUUUACGUCUAUAGCAUGCAAGACCUAAAAAUUCGUGAUCACAUACUAACAGCACCAAACCCGAAAGGGGUUUGUGCACUUUCUUCUGAUAAUGAUCGCAUUAUUCUUGCAACUCCGGACAGAGAAAAAGGGAAAAUCAGAAUUAGCAACUAUACAGAAGAUCGAUUGAUACAGAUAACCGCUCAUGAGACCUCUAUAGCCUGCUUAGGCAUGAAUCCACAAGGAACGAUUCUUGCUUCAGCUUCUGACAAAGGAACGACUAUCAAGGUGUAUAACAUUGAUGAUGGGAGCUUAAUGCAAGAACUCAGACGUGGAAUAGACCGAGCUUCAAUUUAUUGUUUGUCUUUUCAUCCUUCAUCUUUAUGGCUUGCGUGCUCUAGUGAUAAAGGAACCAUUCAUAUAUAUUCUAUUAGCCAGCAAAAUUCUGCGAAUCCGAGGUCUGCGUUUUCUUUUAUGAAAAGUAUUUUACCAAAAUAUUUUGACUCAGAAUGCAGCUUUGCCCAACUGAGAAUCAAAGAUUCUAAGUCAAUUUGUACGUUUGGAAGAGAGCCAAAUACGCUCAUUGUCAUUAAUUCGGAUGGGAAUUACUGUGUGGCUGAGUUCAAUCCAGAAGAAGGAGGAGCCUGCAAUAUAAUAGAUCAGCAGCAAAUAAUGGAUCUUGAUAUCGUUUAA